ACUUGGCCCUGAGCGCAGCCUUGACCAGGUCACGUGGGUCAGCAUCUCGCUUGGCCAGGAUGAACACAGCCAGAAAAUGGCGGAUAUUGGGGAGUUACGGAAUAUGAUAUCAAGUUUCCGUGUCUCGGAGCUCCAGGUACUGCUAGGUUUUGCCGGAAGGAACAAGAGUGGUCGCAAGGAUGAACUGCUGCUGAGGGCUUUGCAUUUACUCAAAAGUGACUGUAGCCCUGCCGUGCAGCUCAAAAUCAAGGACCUGUAUCGCCGGAGAUACCCGAGGACACUAGACAGUCUCGCAGAAUUGUCUGCUCUAAAGUCCGGCAUAAAUUUGUAUCUACAGUCUGAAGAAAGCUCUACAGUUGGGAGUCUUGACCUUUCUCUUGGUGCUAGUCUGUCAGACUCUGCUCAUCAGCAGGUGGUGCCCGUUAAAUCGGCCGUGUUUCAUGACUCAGAGCCCAGGAUGAACAUGCAGCAGCCGACACAGCUCAUGCCUCCUGUCCACCCGGACGUCCAGAUGAAGGCCCUUCCAUUUUACGACGUGUUGGAUGUUUUGAUCAAACCGUCGAGUUUAGGGGCCAGUACUGUUCAGAGAUUUCAUCAAGAAAAAUACUUUAUUUUUGCCUUGACCCCACAACAAGUGCGAGAAGUUUGCAUUUCACGGGAUUUUCUUCCUGGUGGCAGAAGAGAUUAUAUGGUUCAAAUACAACUCCGGUUCUGCCUUUCAGAGACUAGCUGCCCUCAAGAGGACAACUAUCCCAAUAGUCUUUGCAUCAAAGUCAAUGGGAAGCUCUUUCCUCUCCCAGGCUAUGCGCCACCUCCUAAGAAUGGAGUAGAGCAGAAGAGACCAGGCAGACCCUUGAACAUCACUUCACUCGUCAGAUUAUCAUCUGCAGUCCCCAAUCAGAUAUCGGUCACAUGGGCACCUGAAAUUGGAAAGACAUACUCUAUGUCUGUGUAUUUGGUACGGCAGCUGACAUCACCGUUGUUACUACAGAGAUUAAGAAUGAAGGGAAUCAGAAACCCUGACCACUCAAGAGCACUCAUAAAAGAAAAGCUCACAGCAGACCCCGACAGUGAAAUAGCCACAACCAGCUUGCGAGUCUCACUCAUGUGCCCACUUGGAAAAAUGCGGCUAACGGUGCCCUGUCGAGCAGUGACCUGCUCUCAUCUCCAGUGUUUCGACGCUGCAUUAUACCUGCAGAUGAACGAGAAGAAGCCCACCUGGAUCUGCCCUGUGUGUGACAAGAAAGCUGCAUACGAGAGUCUGAUCAUAGAUGGGCUCUUUAUGGAAAUAUUAAAUGACUGCACAGAUGUGGACGAAAUCAAGUUCCAAGAGGAUGGGACCUGGUGCCCAAUGAGACCAAAGAAGGAGACGUUGAAAUUGUCAUCUCCAUGUUUACCCAAAAUUGAGUGCACUGCCCCUGUCCGUCCCAGCGCUGUUGUUCCUCACUCUGAACCCAGCAGUACGAAAAAAGCUGAUGUGAUCGACCUGACACUUGAAAGCUCGUCAGAUGAAGAAGCAGAGCCGGACCCUCCCCUAAAAAAGCGCUGUGUCUACAUGUCUAAAUCCGAGGAGGUGCAUAGCAGCAAAGGGGUUUUGACUUAUCAGCCAUCUACGGUUCGAGUGCCGAAUGUCCAGUCGCUGGAUGCUUCGUACUUGACUUCCUCCAUAGCAGACUAUGCAGUUCCAUUCCACCAUUCAACACUGUCCUCGAUUCCCACCGAUAUGCAAGGUAUUGACUUAUUUUCAUUACUUCAAGCAGAUUCUCAGCAUUACCGGACCCCUGUGUUCCUGGAGAAUUUGUCCACCAGCAUUCAGAGUGGCACCAGCAGCUCCAGUCUCAUGACCUCAUCUGUCCAAUACGAUUCAACUUCACAUCGAGGAAGCUCCAGCCAUGAAACAGGUGUCAUCACAGGAGGAUCCUCAACUCUUUCAGACAUUAUCUCACUAGAUUGAGUCAUGGUUUCAGUCUCCCCAAUCAUCAAACAAACUGCCACGGACCAUGAGUCGGAAAAAAAUUAAAAACCCUCAUAUAUCUGACUUUAAUUGCAGUUUAAUAAUAUUUACUAAUAUGGUAGCUGAUACGCACACGGGAGACAAGGUUGGUUGCGUCUAAUGGUUUCAGAAACCCAGCAAUGUGUGUCUCCAUUUCUGAGGAAUACAUUUUAACAGUGACUGAUACCCAUUGCCUUCAUGCCCGGGAGAACUCAACAAACAAAACAGUGAGCACAGAAAUUGGGAACUUUGGACACAUUGGGACUAGUUUGUGGACCUGUGUGUAUUUGUAUGUGAACCGUUUCCUCUUUAUACUAUUUAAACCACGUUUUUGAAUAAUCACCUCAAAACCUCAACGAUGACCUUUUUAUAUUUUAAAAAAAAUCAGGAGUGUACAUAAUUUGUUUUGUAUUGAGUGGCAUAGCAUACAAAUCAGUAUCUGUCUGAAUGAACCCAUUUUAUUGCAUAAUGUAUUGGUCACAGUCUUGUGCUGCAGUUAGUAGCUGCAUUCAGAUUAAUUGAUUUUGGGCUUUUCGGGUUGGUGGAGACACAAUCAAGCCAUGAUGCAAUGACAUCUUUUAUGUUUUUUUUUUGUUGUUGUUGUGUUUUUUUGUUUGUUUUUUUGUCAAGUCCUGAGUUUUGUGAAACUUCAGUACAGUUUUGUAUCACUUUAACAUUUGCAUUUUUUUUAAGGUGCUGCAGAUGUUGGUUUCACAGCAAUGUUUAGACCUGAAAGUCAGAAUAGUCAAAACAUGCUAAUAGCCCAAGGGAAACAGUGUGAAACAGGUUUCCUGCUUGGGUUAAACUCUGACAUGCCACCAAACUGCUAAUUGUUAUCCGCCUUCGUGCUGUUGGUCUAUGUUUUCUGAAGUCAGCUUUUGUUAAGAUGACAUUUUUGGGCUAGUUCUGAGGUGUACCCCAACAACAGGUCUCAAUUAACACAGCAAUUUCUGGCACCAGCUCCAAUGUAAUAGCUAGUUGUAAUUUCACUUAGAUUUACUUUAUAUAAAGGCUACAUGCUGUCAUUCUCGUAGUGAAUAACAACAGUGUUGACGGAUCCCUUGUUUUCUAACAGAUUCAAUUAUGUAUGCUUUCAAAUAUGUAAUAAAGCACAUGAUCACUUUUUUAGGGCACUGCAUUGUGGCUUGACCAAAAUGCUGAACUUGAGUCAAUCAAGCGAUUGUGUGCCAAUCUGAAUACUAAGAAAGGGGCAGAAUUUUUCACAAUGCAUCUGUUAUAUGGAAGUUCUUUUACAUGAUGAUUUUAAAUGAUUAGCUCACUUAGGUGUAGCUUGGGGGGGGGGGACUGAAGCACACUGAGAUUUGCUUGUAUGUGCUGUAGAUAUGGAUGUCCACCAAAAUAUCAGCAGUAACAUUUCACUGCCUUUAGACAGUGGGGAUCUUCCUCCCUUUAAAGCAAAGUGAUUUGUGAAAGUUACAAAAAAGAAAGUUGUCACCAGUGAAUAGCCCGACUGUACAACUUUAUAGAAACUAUACAACUAGCACAACUGUAGCAAGUUAUUUGCCUACUUGUUCAUAUAUGUAUAAGAUUCUCCGCAUUCAAAUACCAAGAAGUUCCUAAGUACAAAGCAGUUCCAUCUUUGCUAUGUAAACCUUGUAACCUGCUUUUCCAACAUAAUCCUAAAUGUCUAAGAUUUUGAAUCUAAGCCAGAGUGUAUUAUUAGUGGGUAGAAAACAGUUGUGCUUCUAGAAAAGGAAGGAAGAAAUUGUGCCACCUGUUCCAAGUCUGAACAAAAAAUCUGAUUUUAGAAGUUAAGAUGGCACAAUGAUUGGAAAGCUUUAAAUACCUUUUGUUUUGAAAAUGUUCAGGAUUUUCUUUUAAUUGAAUUUCAUAACUGUCUGAAUUAAUCUCAUUCUAAAGUAUAUUAUGUCCAGGACUGACUAAAUUUUACCCUGUGAGUCAUAUAUUAUAUUAGUAUUUCAUUUGACACAUUUGAGAGUUUAGCUCUGCUAUCCACAGGCUUCAACCCCCUUUUAUGUCACAACAUUUUUAUACCUAGUUCACUUUUUGUUCCAUUUUUACAAAAUUUGCGCCUUUGUAACUAUUUCAAUGACUGCUUUACAUGGUUGUUGUAUUAGGGAUUAUAGUAACUGAAGUCUUGUGAGUCUUGGGUGGUGUGGAUGAAGAGAACAGAUGGGUGCAAAUCCAUAGUUAUUUAUGAUGAUAUGUACAGAUUUACACUGAUUGUACUCCAAAUGCUUAUUUUUGACCUAAAUUGUGCCAUUUAAACACAUGCAGUGAAAGGCAGUAAAUGAUGUCUAUGAUGUCUAUCUGAAUAUCUA